AUCAGCUUCAGCCUGCAAUAGGUACUUCGCCAUUUUACCCUGUAGCUGCUCGAGGCUUGAUAGCUGUUAGUUCUUUUUUCUUCACGCUCCUCCUAGAUUGCAUGCUAGAGCCAGCUGCCGCAAUCUCGUCCUGUCAGGCUGCCGCACUGAGCCUCUCUCACCUCCUUCUGACCGCACCCGUUUGUCACGCAUUCACAUGAAUUGAUGCGUCUUCUCAAAUACGACGAACAUGGCGAGCUCGGCAUCGUCAGCUUCGACGAUCGCGCGGUGCCGCCCUAUGCGAUACUUUCACACACGUGGGGAACUGAUGCGGAGGAGGUGACUUUCGCAGAUGUUAUAACAGGCGAUGGUAAGGCAAAGCAUGGCUACGAGAAGAUACGUUUCUGUGGACAACAGGCACAGCGGGAUAACUUAAGGUACUUCUGGGUCGACACGUGUUGCAUCGAUAAGACAGAUAAGGCUGAGCUCUCCCAUGCUAUCCGCUCUAUGUUUCGCUGGUACCAGAACACGUCAAAAUGCUAUGUGUAUCUACCAGAUGUAUCUACAGGGGGAUGGAAGUUUGGUGAUGUGUCUACUGAGUCUACUUGGGAACCUGCUUUUAGGUUAAGCCGAUGGUUUACGCGUGGUUGGACACUUCAGGAGCUUCUUGCUCCAAGCAUAGUCGAGUUCUUCUCUCAAGAGGGGAUGUUACUUGGUGACAGCAUGUCGCUAAAGACGUUGAUUAAUAAAAUCACUGGCAUUCCAUGCGAAGUAUUUGACGGAGCUGCUCUUUCCCAGUUCACCAUCGACGAGCGGCUGCGCUGGAAAGGCAACAGAGAGACUAAGCUCGAAGAAGAUGCAUGGUACUCUUUGUCGGGCAUCCUUGAUGUCGAGAUAGCCCCAGCGUACAGUGAAGGGGCGGCAAGCGCAUUCAAGCGUUUAAUGGACGAGGUCCAUAAAGUACAGAGAUGCAUCCAAGACAUACGCCUUACGGACCCCCGUGACGACAAGAAGCGCAUCGAGGACACCAAAGGCGGACUACUAGCAGACUCCUAUCGCUGGGUUCUUGGCAACGCCAUUUUCCAGCAAUGGCAACAGGACUUCCACGGCGGACUGCUGUGGGUAAAAGGUGAUCCUGGCAAGGGAAAGACGAUGCUACUCUGUGGCAUCAUCGACGAGCUGCAUAGCUCACUGUCUAAGCCAUCACUCCUAGCAUACUUUUUCUGUCAAGCAACCGACUCGCGUAUUAAUAGCGCUACAGCAGUACUACGGGGGCUGUUAUACAUGCUUGUAAAGCAGCAACCGUCACUCGUAUCGCAUAUCCGCAAGAAGCACGAUGACGCUGGAAAAGCCUUGUUUGAGGAUAUGAACGCUUGGGUAGCGUUGACAGAGGUCUUUACGGACGUACUACGAGACCCAGGAUUGCGCACCACCUACCUAGUCAUUGACGCAUUAGACGAGUGCGUUACUGACUUACCAAAGCUGCUUGACUUUAUUGCAAAGCAGUCGUCUACGUCUACGUCUAUGUCUUCUUCCUGCAACAAGUGGAUAGUGUCCAGUCGUAACUGGCCAGACAUAGAAGAACAACUGGGGAAGGCAGAGCGCAACGUACCGCUAAGUCUUGAGCUAAAUGCUGAUUCUGUAUCCGCAGCUGUUGGCAUCUUUAUCCAGCACAAAGUGUUUCAACUAGCACAACAGAAGAAAUACGACGAACAGACUCAAGACGUAGUGCUCAAGCGCUUGAUAUCAAAUGCAAACGACACCUUCUUAUGGGUAGCGCUCGUUUGUCAAGACCUUCAAACGACUGCGAGACGGAACGUACUUAAGAAGUUAGGUUCGUUCCCACCGGGGCUAGACGCACUGUAUAAACGGAUGAUGCAGCAGAUUAGCGUGUCAGACGAUGCCGCACUUUGUAAGCAGGUGCUGGCUUUAAUUGGACUUGUGUAUCGGCCAAUCACGCUGCAGGAACUAGUGGUACUUGCUGAACAGCUCGAAGGUAUAGACGAUGAACAAGAGCUGCGGGAGAUUAUCAGCCUCUGUGGAUCAUUCCUUACUUUGCGACAAGACGUAGUCUAUUUUGUGCAUCAGUCUGCCAAAGAUUUUCUCUUUGUAGAAGCGUUUGAUGAAAUCUUUCCUGAUGGGACUGAAGCCGCUCACAGGAUCAUUGUUUUAAGGUCGCUUGCCAUCCUGUCCAGGACGUUACAGAGAGACAUGUAUAACCUUGAAGCACUGGGGGCUCCUAUCGAGAAUGCCGAUCCGCCUGAUUACAAUCCACUAGCUGCAUCACACUACCCGUGCGUCUACUGGGUUGAUCAUCUGUACGAAUCGAAACCUAAGUUUCAUGGAAAAAGCGUCAGCGACAUGCAAGUUGUAAGCGUAGUUGAUAGGUUCAUAAGAGAGAAGUAUCUCUAUUGGCUAGAAGGGCUUAGUUUGUGCAGGAGUGUAGGAAAAGGUGUAUUUUCGAUGGCAAGGUUAUAUUCUCUGGUCCAGGAGAUGAAGGGUACAGAUGAGCUGACGGAGCUUAUCUACGACGCACGCCGAUUCAUUAUGUACCACAAAGGGGCAAUUGAGAGCUAUCCUUUACAAACAUACUCGUCUGCGCUGUUAUUCAGUCCGACAGGGAGCAUAAUCAGAAACAUCUUCCGUUACGAGGAGCCAAAGGGAGUGACCAUUGAGCCAGUAAUAAGUACUGUGUGGAGUGCGUGCCUGCAGACGCUCGAGGGUCAUAGCGAUAUUGUCACCUCUAUAGCCUUUUCGCACGACUCUAAGCUAGCAUCAGCGUCGAGCGACAAAACCGUCAGAAUCUGGGACGUGAGCACCGGCGCGUGUCUGCAGACUUUUGCAGGCCACAUCGAUAUUGUCAAUUCUAUAACUUUUUCGCACGACUCAACCAAACUAGUAUCAGCAUCAUCCGACAUCACUGUAAAGGUCUGGGACAUAAGCAGCGGUACAUUUUCAGAGAUUUCCACAGGCCAUAGUAGGUGUAUCACCUCUAUAGCCCUCUCACACGACUCAAGUCAGCUAGUGUCGGGGUCAGAGGACUGCACUGUCAAGAUAUUAGACAUGAGCACUAGUGCAUGCCUACAUAGUUUUGCAGGCCAUAGUGGUGCUGUUAUGUGUGUAGCCUUCUCACACAACUCAACUAAGCUAGCUUCAGCAUCAGCCGACAAGACAAUUAAGCUUUGGGAUACAAGCAGCGGCAUGUGCCUACAGACGCUCACAGGCCAUGAUGCUUGUGUAAAAUCUAUAGUCUUCUCGCAUGACUCGAUGAAGCUAGCAUCGGCAUCGAACGAUAAGAACAUCAAGCUAUGGGAUGUAGGCAGCGGCAUGUGCCUACAGACGCUCAUAGGUCACAGCAAACACGUUAGGUCCGUGGCCUUCUCGCGUGACUCGACUAAGUUGGCGUCGGCAUCUUACGACCUCACUGUCAGGCUGUGGGAUGCGAACAGUGGUGUCUGUCUGCAGACGUUUAAAGGUCAUAGGUUCUAUGUUACGUCAGUAGUCUUUUCGCAUGAUACGAGUCAGCUGGCGUCAGCAUCAAACGACAAGACUAUCAAGCUAUGGGACGUUAGUAGCAGCACAUGUAUACAGACGUUUACGGGCCACAGCCGCUCUAUCAGCUCUAUAUCCUUCGUACACGACGCGACUAGGCUAGUAUCAGCAUCGCGAGAUAACACUGUUAAGCUCUGGGAUGCGAGCUCCGGGGUGUGUCUGCAGACGUUUGAAGGGCACAACGGUUGUGUUACCUCUAUCGCCUUCUCACACAACUUAGCAGAGCUAGCGUCAGCGUCGGAUGACGAUACUAUCAAGAUGUGGGACGUAAACAGUGGUACGUGCCUACAGACACUCACGGGUCAUAGUAGUAGUGUCAGAUCUGUAGCCUUCCCACACGAUUCGACUAAACUAGUAGCAUCAGCGUCAAGCGAUAAGACUGCUAAGCUGUGGGAUACGAUCACUGGCGCUUGCUUACAGACGUUUACCGGCCACAAACGUCAUGUCAAUUUUGUGGGUUUCUUAAACGACUCAACGAAGCUGGGGUCGGUGUCACACGACAUGACCUUCAAGCUCUGGGAUGUGAGAAGCGGCGCGUGUCUGCAAACGCUCCACGCCGGUGCGCUCAGUUAUGAACUAGCCUACAACGCCACCAACUCAUAUCUCUAUACCAAGACCGGUCCUAUUGUCCUUCAUGGCGCGAUUAGUUCUAGGUUCCCAGCUACGACGGAACCUGGGCGCUCCUUAUCUCUACGCACAAGCGUUAGCUCAGAUAACAUAUGGAUUCAGCAUGAUGGCAAGAAUAUCCUGUGGAUACCAUCAGAGUAUCGACCGUCAAGUUCUGCGAAUUGCGGGACCAGGGUUGGCAUGGGCACUGGGCCUGGCAGGAUAUGGUUCUGUAGUGUUGACUUUUGACACACUAGCACUCUCUGAUUCGAGACAACGAAAAAAGGAUUCACCUCUUCGUUCAUGUUUUCGCUUUGCUACUACGUGUCUACUUCAGCCGUUUUAGCUCGCUGCGUUAGGCAUUGGGUAUUCGCAAGGUUAUGGUUGUUUUCGUAUCGUGCCAACUACAAAAAUGGGGAUUAAAAUUCAAGCUUUCCUUGAUGGUUUCUUGCUUAACACAGCAGAGCAUCUUCAGACAAUACGGUUAGCGUUGGCAUUAGUGGACACAUUGCAGCAGACGGUCUAAAAGACUGGUGGCAUGGGCCACAGCUGUUCUCAGAGUUUGUUAUGUGCAAGAUAUAGCGCCAAGGCUGUUACAAUACAUCAUGGGAUCAUCUGAGUACGUUAAUACAUACAUACUACAUGCUGCUGCACGCCCAGCCAGGCUACUAGUAGUGUAC